GUACAAUUAGAAUAAUGGCAGAAAUUACAACCACUGAUUCGAGUGCAUUAUUGAACAGAUAUGUAAGAAAUUUUAAUACCUUACUACAAUGUCCAGCGCGAUUUGCUGGAGGCAAAGAUGGACAAAAUGUACAACAAUUUAUUGAGCAUAUAAAAUAUUAUAAAAGCCUCAAGUGUGUUACAGAUGAACAGGCCUUGCAAGAACUGCAUCAUUUGCUAAAGGAACCAGCUGCGACAUGGUGGUUACAGAAAAAACAAAAUUGUACAUCUUGGUCUGAAGCAUUAAAGACAUUGGAAAAGCAAUAUUCUAAGUCCAGAUCAGCACACAUGAUAUGGAAAGAUUUGUUUAGACUUCCGUAUCAGGCAUAUGGUACAGUGGACGAAUUUCUUAAUGAGAAAAGUGGACUUUUAAAUGAACUGCCAGAACCACAUUUGAAUGAACAAAAUAAAUUAGCAAUUAUCAGUGGGCUGUUACCGAGUAACAUGCAAACCUCGAAUACACUAUCCAAUAUUUCUACCAUAGAAGAAUUAAAGGAAUAUGUAUUGAGAUAUAAGCAAAAGCAUUCUGCCGCCAUACCACUCUUGAAAGAAGUCAAAAUGGAACCAGUAGACACAGAGGGAACAGAUAUAAACACAAACACUCAAAAUGGAGGUAAAACAGUUAGUGAGCAUGCAAACUACUUCAAUAAUAAUCUUCAGAUAACCUCAGAUAAAGGCGACAGCCAUAAUGAUAAUCCAUCCAAUAUGUCAAAGCAAAUAGUGCGUUGUAAAUUUUGUAGAAGAAAGGGUCACAUUUGGCAAUUAUGCAACAUGCUUUCAUCACAAAAAUUGCAAGCGAUGGAUGAAUUAUGUAAUCCUUCAAUAUUGCAAGAAUUGCAGGAGUAUCUACAGAAGUACCGCAACUCAACUACUGUUAACGACAACAUUCCAGUUGCUGAAAAGGACAAUAUCGAAAAAAUUACCACAACUAAUUUAAAAACUCAAUUUUGCGAAAGCAUUGCAAACGUUGAGGAAGACCGGAGCAAUACACUAACCAAAAUAGAAAAUUCUACAAUUUCAGAAAUGGUUGAUUCUGAUAUUAUGGAACAAAUAAAUCGCAUCAUUGAGGAAUCAGAAAAGUAUUGCCCUACCAUAGAAAACAAUCUUCAGAUAUCUUCGGUUAAGUCAGUCGCAGACAUUUAUUCUGCCCAUAGUAAUACACGGGAACUUCAAGUAAAUAAUUCCAAACUCUUGAUAUCGUCUGUUAUGUCAAAAGUAGAAAUGAAUACAAGUGAAAAAAGUUUAGAUGUCAAUGCUCUAACUGAAAUGAGUUCUACAUUGCCACAAGUUCAAGAUCAACCUAUUCAAAAAAAGAAAAUACGUUGCACAUUUUGUAGAAAGAAUGGUCAUUUAUGGGAAACUUGUUUUAAAAUUCCUAUGCAGAUCGCCAAUUUAUUAAAUGAAAUAAAAUCAGCUGAAGGUACGGUUGGUGCUGAUGAAUAAUUAUUGGGAGCAGCAACUGCAAGCAUUGAAGAUCAUCAACCAACAUGUGCACAACAAUCUAUUAUAACUGCAAGCACUAUAGGGUAUCAAGCAACAGAUGAAAAUGUUUCAAAAUCGGAGGAAACUGAAAAUAAUACCACCAAUUCCACCCAUAGCAAAGAAAAUAUUGAAACUGCUUCUAAAAAUCUAUAAUAGGACAAAUAUCUAUAACCUUUCUAAGAUAAUUUUUAAAACUGUAAUCUAUGUAUGUUAUAUAUUAUAAGCACUAUUUGUAAUGUCUUAAUAUGUUAUUAUUAUAAACAACUCUUAGAUUAAAUACUUUAAAAAGAUCUGGCCGAUAAAAUGUCUGCUGGUAAUGAAAUAACGCGGCGUACCUUUUAGAAGAUCGGAAGAUCGCCCUUAGACGGAGGAAGUGAAGAAAGCUUUUUUCCGUCGCUGGGGCCGAAUUACCGCAUAUUUGGUUGAGUGCGCUUUUGUUUCGAAUGAAAUUUCAUAAUGAGUUUAAUGGAUGUUAUACCACUUGCAUACCCAUCGUACAUUGAAUUCGUUAUAAAUUAUGAUCAAUUUAAAGAUUCGCGUUCUUACUUUUCAAAGAUUCACGUUUA